GAUGGAUGGAUGGUCAUUUUUCUACCCAAGUCCUGGGUUGAGCCUUUUUGGGUCAUUUUAUUGGGUUAUUUUACCAGUGUUUUGGUAGUUUUUGUGUUAUCCAGAUCCUGGGUCAGACAUAACCCAGGGGUUGAGUUAUUUAUCACGGGCUUUUGCGCCCUCUUCAGGAUAGCAGUGCAGCUCCGUCAAAUUGGUGCAUGUCUUCGGUUAAAUACAGGUUUGUCUGUGGCCUCUUUUAUCCAUCUGGAACCCAAGAACGCCACUGUGUUGCGAGGCAGUGAGGUCCACUUUAACUGCAGCACUGAUGAAUCCUGGGAUGUCAUGACGUGGCUGCUGGGUGGAAGGACAAUCCUCUCUAUCUCUGUGGAUCAUGGUCCUCUGGGCAGAGAUGAGAGAGUGUCGACAGUCAAUCACUCCAUGUCAUCUGUCUCAGUGUGGGAGUUAGUCCUGAUGAACGCCUCUUUCAGCCCUACAGUUCAGGAGGUCACAUGUGAACUGCUGCCUCCGAAACUGGGCAGAUCAUCGUCGGACCUGUUUGUACAAGAAAAGGGAAAUGUCAGGAUUUUGGAGGGUGACCUGUCAGUUCAAGAAGGAAUGCUUGUCACCUUCCAUUGCCAAGCAAUUGGCUGGUAUCCGAACCCUUCAGUGUCCUGGCUGGUCAACGCCACCACUGUGGACAGAGGCGACUACAACACCAGCAGUCUUCAGGACCCCAGCGGCCUUUUCAACUCCAGCAGUGUGCUUCAGAUAAAAGCAGAGGUGAGCACCGCAGUGGAGUGUUGGGCGUCUGUGUCUGCCGAUCUAGCCCACGAAACCAGCAGAGUCAAUCUGACUGUAGUGGCACCGGAAACUACAGAGGACUACACAGUUGUGAUCGCCGUGAUAGUGUCGGUGUGUACGAUCAUUCUGCUGGCAGUGCUCAUCCUCAUCUUGUGCUAUAGAAAAAAACUGACAAAAUUGAGCUCUGAAAAUAAAGUCAGCUCCUCUUCAUGGACUGUCAAUUUAAGCAGUGAGAGGAGGUGCGUUGCUGAUGAAACCAGAGGAAACGUGAACCCAGGAUACAACGCUGAAGACGUAACAAGUUCAGGACACAGUGACCUCAGGAAUAGAGCUGACAGCACGAUACACAUCAUCAGCCCUCCACGGGUUCCUGAUAUUGUCAUUUUCAGCUAUCAAAAUCAGAAAGAGGAAGAUGUUUCGAACUUGUACUGCAAGGAAGCAAAGAAGACAGUCCGAAGGGUCACUACUGUUUGACCUCAGGGUCAACCCAUUGCAAGCAAGGCUGUUUACAUACUGCUGAUUUGGACCAGCUUUCUGCUUAGAGAGAGAGAGCCACAUAUUCAAUCUGGCAUUACUCUACAACGGUCAUAUCUGCUGAAGAUGAAGAUUCACUGGCUGGCAUGUCAAGAGGACUGGGACAUGUGACAUAAUCAUAUGAGCCCUGCGGUGAUGUCAACUGCAUGCAAACAUUGUCAUACAGCCAUUUUUUUUUACUUUAAAAAGCAUUAUGUAUUUUUCAAUCGGAAUAUUUUAUAAAUUAUUUUUGUGGAUCAAUAUUUUACACAUCAGUAUUGAUAACGGUAUUGCCAUUUUUUUUGCCCGAAAAGAAAAUAAGUGUUAUCGUCCAUAUACUGUACUUCAAGUAUUGAUUGGUAUACUGCGUAAAAACCUUGCGUAUCCCCCCCAAAAAAAAUUCUCAGAUGGUUUAGGGUUCAAAUUAGGAGAAAUGUGCGAUUUUCUUUCUCGUGUUUUUCUGGCUGUGCGUCAGUCAUGGAUGGCAACUCCUGAAUAAAUUAGGGUCACCCUCAGAAAGUCACACAAAGCUGUCGUGAUAUGAGAGGGCGAUAACAUAACCCUUUUGUUUUUGUUUGGGUCUCCAGACCAGUGUUAUCUUUCCUAGACCUGCUUGUGUUACUGAGGUUUUCAUUUGCCAUUCACAAGUGGUGGAUUGAUGUCAGGGUCAAGCAGACUGUUUCUCUGGGGUGAUUUACACAGGCCACUGUUUGUCUUUCAAAGACUUCUGCAUCAUUGCUUCUGAAGUCUGUUUCCCUUCUCUCUCCCGCUCUCUUCUUGUUUUGGCAUUUCCCACAGAGGAUGUCUUGAUUGCCUCGCUCUGUUCUGAGAAAACGUUGUUGCAAUGCAGUCUUUGAGACAUGAUAGAUAAUAAACGUGGUAUUCUUCUACAAAUUUUCAUUGUUUCUGUAAUCGUUCUGUAAAAGUGUCAUUUGUUCCCUAUGAUGCAUCCAUUUGUAGAAAACAUUUAAAUCUUUUUAAAGGAUUAAAAUAAUAAAAAAAAGACA